AUGCUUUUCUCAGCUCGUUUUCAUAUCCUCCUAGUCUUUCUGGUAUCCACUGUGCCGUUUGUCUAUGGGCAAGACCCUGAUGAUUGCUACAUCCCUCCCGCCAUUAUUACCAAAUUUUUCUGGCACAAUAGCACUCACAAUUGCGGGUGUGAUGAUGGUGGCUGUCUCCCAACUGGUCUUCAUGGCGGUCCAGGCUGUGGCCCACCAGAUACUGUGGAAGCAACAUUCUCCCAGCAAUCUCCAACCUACAAUGACACGUUGACCUGUGGCGCAUCCGACCCUGGGAGUGUUCCUGCUCGACCGAUUCCCGGUGGACCCUUCAACUGUCGAUCACUUGGGCGGCACUUCUUCUUGGCAGUUAAUGGCACCGAAGGAACACUUACCUAUGUGGAGCCUAAUUUUAUUUGGUGA